AUGACCGAUCGUCAACAGGGUAUGGUCCAGGCGUAUGGCUAUCCUGAGACCAAAAAUACUACACAGAUCGUUUCCAGAGCCGUAGCAGCCGCGGCAGCCAAUAGCCAUCAUUCUAGCCGCAAAGCCGGUCGUGGAUCCAAACGGUAUUCGGUGUCUGCUUUUUACUCCAUGGCGGCUGAGCAGGACAAUGAAGUCGAGGAUGAACUUGCGCAAGCUCAGCGUGAUCUACGAGACCUGAAAUCCAAAAUAUCCGCGCAAUCCAAGAAGAACUUUGUCUUGGAAAGAGACGUUCGUUAUCUCGAUUCGCGAAUUGCUCUCCUUAUCCAAAAUCGUAUUGCAUUGGCCGAGCAACAUGAAAUGGCAUCGCGAUUGGAAGAACAAGGCGCUGGUAGUGAUGACUUUUAUCCCGACGAUCGGAAAAUGCAACUGUACGGCAACUUGUUUUUCAUCCUUCAAAGCGAGCCCAGACAUAUCGCCACUUUGUGUCGCCUCGUUAACUUAUCUGAAAUUGAUCCGCUCCUUCAAACCGUCAUGUUUACACUCUAUGGCAAUCAAUACGAAAGCAGAGAGGAGCACUUGUUGCUAACUAUGUUUCAGAACGUGCUCGCUGCCCAAUUUGAAACGGCCACUGAAUUCGGGUCACUCUUACGCGCCAAUACACCUGUGUCUCGCAUGAUGACCACUUAUACCCGACGUGGCCCUGGCCAAUCUUACCUCAAAUCGGUCUUGACAGAAAAAAUCCAAAAUCUUGUGGAACAUAAGGAACUUAAUCUCGAAAUUAAUCCCCUCAAGGUAUACGAACAAAUGAUCGCUCAGGCAGAACAGGAUAAUGGCGGCCAACUCCCACCUCAUCUUCCGCGGAGCGUCACCGCAGAAAUAGCUGCGGCUAAUCCCGAUGUUCAAGCGAUCAUUGAACCCCGUAUCAAAAUGCUCAUGGAAAUCGCCGAAAGUUUUCUCACCACCAUCAUCUCCUCUACGGCUUCCGUACCUUACGGUAUUCGAUGGAUAUGCAAGCAGAUUCGAUCAUUGACCAAACGAAAAAAUCCCAAUGCAUCCGAAUUAUCCGUCUGUUCAAUGAUUGGCGGUUUCUUUUUCUUGCGAUUUAUCAAUCCCGCUAUUGUGACGCCUCGCGCCUACAUGUUGCUUGACACCGCCCCGGGCAAACAUUUACGACGAACAUUGACCUUGAUUGCGAAAACACUGCAAAAUCUGGCCAACAAACCAUCGUACGCCAAAGAAGCAUACAUGUUACCGACGAAUCCAUUUGUUGAUGCCAACAAACAACGGAUCAACAAAUUUCUCAACGAAUUGUGCGAAGUCAGCGACUUUUACGAAACCCUGGAGAUGGAUCAGUACAUGGCUUUGUCGAAAAAGAACAUUGAACUGAGUAUCACAUUAAAUGAAAUCUAUAAUACGCAUGCACUGGUGCAGCAGCAUCUCGACAUCAUCGCUCCCAAAGAAAAAGACCACAUUCGAAUCCUGCUAGCAGAGAUCGGCCCCAUUCCUCCUCAAGUCUCCAGAAAAGAAAACAAAACCAUCGAACUUCCCUUGUUCAGUCGUUGGGAAAUCCCAAUUCAAGAUUUAACCAUGGCAUUGAUGUCUGAAAACAAUAUUACUCAGAAUGAUAUUCUUUACAUGGAAACCAAAGCCAUCUAUGUGCAGCUGAUUCGAUCGCUACCUCAUCUGGCCCACAGUGGCCUACCGUUAGACCUUGAUUACAUUGCCGAAACCGCCGCCACGGCCAAGGAUGCACAGCUUGUUCGUAAAGGCAUCAAAGUCCGAGAUAUGUUGCGUGAUUUGGAGGAUGCAGGCGUCAUCGAUCAUCGCGACCAUUAUAAAUUACUGGUGGAGGAAAUCACCCAGGAGUUGACCCAUUUGGGCAAUCUCAAGGAAAAAGUGCUCAACGAGAUCCAAUCGCUUGAGAGCGUUUACAAAACUAUACUUGAUCAUAAUACUUAUUUGCGCAGCCAAUUGGAAAGCUACAAAGCGUACCUUCAAAAUGUACGCAUCCAAAGUGGAGGAGAGAAACAGACCAAGAAUUCCGUUGGCAUUGGUGUCGAGGUCGAAGGCAAAGCCAAGAAACAACAUCGAAACCCGGCCCAGGCCUUUAAAUUCUCUCAUCAUCAGCUGGAAAAAGAUGGCGUUAUCGUGGAAAGCUCUGUUCCCGAAAGCAGGCGACCUAAUAUUUUUUUCUCCAUCACGUCACCUCUACCGGGUACAUUCAUCAUUGCUAUGCAUUUUAAAGGUCGCGAGAAAGCCAUACUAGAAAUGGAUCUGAAAUUAGACGACUUGCUAGAAAAGCAACAAGAUAAUGUUGAACUGCUGGAUCUGGAAUACGUGCGCCUGAAUGUGUCCAAAAUACUGCAUGUUCUGAACAAGACCUUUGUUACACGGAAUAAGUAAAAUUCGCGCGCAACAAAAGCUACUUUGCUCACUAUCCAUCAUAUCAAAUGAUUGUUCGGCUUUCCAUUGCCCAGUGGUCUAGCAAAGUCAUCAUAGACAUCUCAUUUGGGAUUCGGUGAUGCGUACAUCUAUUCCUGGUUUUCACACAUAAUUUACAUCUCGUGAAACAAUCAAGAAAGGGGG